AUGUCUUCAACGACAUCGCCAUCUCGUCUCCGAGGCAUACCUGUGCCAGGUAUCGACACUCGAGGGAUAGUAGAGAAAAUCUCAUCGCCCCUCCCAUUUCAAAGCUGGCCUCUCACACCUCCCCAGUCAGCGAAUGAGUCUAGGCGGCCCUCACUGGCGCACUCUGCCCUGUCUUCCGAUACAUCGCAUUCCGGUCCUCCCUCGAUCAACGGCUACUCUCAGCCCGCGACGCCAGUGAACAGCAUGAGCGGACAUUAUGAUUUCAAGGCACAGUGGAAUGACGGCGCUGAGGUGCAUGCGCACAUGUCCACAAGCAUUGUCGACGGUUGCCACGGGGGUCAAGUCCCCCAAUCAAUGUUCGCCUCUACCAUGGUCAACCCUUCCGUGUGUGGCACACCGCCAAUCAAUGCUAUGGACUCGUUGAGCAUCCAAACGAGCCAUAUGGGCUCGCCAAUGCCAUCCGCAUGGUCGCAACAGCACCAGGCUGUCAACAACUACCAUGGAUUGCCUACCGGUUUAGGCACGACCCUCUUUCAGAGCAGCCAGAGCCUUGGCCAAGAACAUGCCUCUGCUCCGAUGUACCAUCCCGAUGCUUCGACCAUGCCAAGUCCACUGGAAGCCUCGGCAUUCUCUCGGUACGAUGCCCCCAUGUCGUCCGCCAGCCACUACAAUCAGCCUCAGGUGGUUGUGCCUUCGCAGGUCGCUCCUGCCGAAGACUAUCCAAUGGACUGCCAUCAGUAUGACAUCAAACAAGAAGCCGUUGAUGGUUUCAACCACAGCUUCGACUCUUCCAUGGGUGGCUGGGAGUCUGUCGGCCCACCAAGCCCGGAAGACGCAUACUUUGCUCAAUCGGAAGAGGAAGACUUCGCCGUCGUGAAGGAUGAAAUACCCUUUACCCCUUCACAAAGUUCGUGCUAUCAGGCGUCUGGCUUCUUCAAUGUCGGACACAGCUCGCGGACGAAGAAACGUUCUUCCAAGCGCUCUCGCAAGAACAACAACGACGAGGCUGCGUGGUACGAGACCGAGAUCGGUGAGACGACCGUCCGAUGCUCUGGUCCCCGCUUCCUCCUCAAUGUGACUGACGGGGAUGACCGUCCCCUUUCACAUUGCGUCGUCUCGGAGCAGACCAAGGAGCGCAAGCGAUUCAGAUGCGGCUUCAGAGGCUCAGACGGUCAGCUCUGUCGGGCUCGCUUCGAACGAAGCGAGCACCUCAAACGCCACAAGGGCAUGCACUCCGGUUUCCGCCCAUACUUCUGCCCCCUCGACGACUGCGGCCGGCACAUCGGUCGUCCCGACAACGCCGGCGACCACCUCAAGACCCAUCUCAAGCCCCACACCCCCGGCAAGAGGAACAAGACCUGCUCCUGGGAGAAGCUCGAGGCCGGGAUCCUGGCCAAAUACACGGACGAGAAGGCGGCGACGAAGCUCCUCACGAAUCUGCGCAAGUGGAUCGUCAUCGAGAAUGAAAAGGCCCUCCUUGCGGAGCAGCAAGAGAACGCCGCGCAGCAGCAGCAGCAACAACAACCACGACGACGGUGA